ACCCCACCUUACUGGUGGCCACUACCUACGCACCCAUCGAGUAGACUUGCCUUUGAACAUUACUACACAGCAACCGCGCAGCAUGGACGAUUUCAACAGCGAGACGGAUAGCGACUACACUAGCUACUGGCGGGACUGGUUUAUAUCCUCGCGAGGGAACGAGUACUUUUGCGAAAUCGACGAGGAAUACCUCACCGACCGCUUCAACCUCACAGGCCUGAACACCGAGGUGCAAUACUACCAAUACGCGCUCGAUCUCGUAACCGACGUCUUCGACUUCGACUGCGACGAUGACAUGCGGGAGCAGAUUGAGAAGUCGGCGCGCCAUCUCUACGGCCUGGUGCACGCGCGCUACAUUGUCACGACUAGGGGUCUGGCAAAGAUGCUCGAGAAGUUCAAGAAAUCAGACUUUGGCAAAUGUCCCCGCGUCAUGUGCGAAUCCCAGCCCCUCCUCCCCAUGGGCCAGGCAGACCUCUCCAACACGUCCCCCGUAAAGCUCUACUGCGCGCGCUGCGAAGACCUGUACAACCCUAAGUCGUCGCGCCAUGCUGUCAUCGACGGCGCGUACUUUGGCUCCUCGUUCCACAAUAUCCUCUUCCAGGUCUACCCUGCGAUGCUGCCGCCAAAGUCGCAGCGACGGUACGAGCCGCGCGUGUUUGGCUUCAAGGUGCACGCUGCGGCGGCGCUGUCGAGAUGGCAGGGCGAGCAGCGGGAGCAGAUGAAAGAGCGGCUGAAGACGCUGAAGAUUGAGACGGGGUUUGAGGAGGAAGACGAGAGCUUGGAGGAUGAUGAGGAGGACGAGGAUAUGGAGGGUGGGGAUGGUUUUGAAGGGACGGCCGUGCCGCAGCAGCAACAGCAGCAGCAGCAAUAGAGGCGUGUGUGGAGACAUGACGGGGAGAGCAUCGUUCUCGGAGGUUCAGCAUGGGCAUGGA